GGAGGAAGGAAGUUUGAUGAUCCAGUGGUGCAAGCCGACAGGAAGCACUGGCCUUUCAAGGUGGUCGCCGACGGAGGCAAGCCCAAAAUCCAGGUGCAACACAAAGGGGAGGACAAGUCCUUCAACCCUGAGGAGAUCUCAUCCAUGGUGUUGGUUAAAAUGAAGGAGACGGCCGAAGCCUACCUGGGUCAGCAGGUGUCCAACGCCGUGGUCACGGUGCCCGCCUACUUUAACGACUCUCAGCGCCAGGCCACCAAAGACGCAGGCGUCAUCGCUGGACUGAACAUCCUAAGAAUCAUCAAUGAGCCCACAGCGGCCGCCAUCGCCUACGGUCUGGACAAAGGCAAGUCGGGAGAACGCAACGUCCUCAUCUUUGACCUGGGUGGCGGCACCUUCGAUGUGUCCAUCCUGACCAUUGAGGACGGCAUCUUCGAGGUCAAGGCCACCGCCGGAGACACGCAUUUGGGCGGAGAGGACUUUGACAACCGCAUGGUGGAUCACUUUGUGGCCGAGUUCAAGAGGAAGCACAAGAAGGACAUCAGUCAGAACAAGAGGGCCUUGAGGAGGCUGCGCACCGCCUGUGAGAGGGCCAAGAGGACGCUGUCCUCCAGCUCCCAGGCCAACAUCGAGAUCGAUUCCCUCUUUGAGGGCGUCGACUUCUACACCUCCAUCACCAGAGCUCGCUUUGAGGAGCUGUGCUCCGACCUGUUCAGGGGAACUCUGGAGCCGAUUGAAAAAGCCUUGAGGGACGCCAAGAUGGACAAGGCCAAGAUCCACGAUGUGGUCCUGGUCGGCGGCUCCACACGGAUUCCCAGAAUCCAGAAGCUGCUGCAGGACUUCUUCAACGGCAGGGAGCUGAACAAGAGCAUUAACCCAGACGAGGCCGUUGCUUACGGCGCCUCCGUCCAGGCUGCCAUCCUUAUAGGGGACACCUCAGGCAACGUCCAGGACCUGCUGCUGCUGGAUGUGGCGCCUCUGUCACUGGGCAUCGAGACCGCCGGAGGAGUCAUGACGCCGCUCAUCAAACGCAACACCACCAUCCCGACCAAGCAGACACAGAUCUUCACCACCUACUCUGACAACCAGCCUGCCGUCCUCAUCCAGGUCUUGGAGGGCGAGAGAGCCAUGACUAAGGACAACAACCUGCUGGGAAGGUUUGAGCUGAGUGGAAUCCCGCCGGCUCCAAGGGGCGUGCCGCAGAUCGAAGUCACCUUCGACGUGGACGCCAGUGGCAUCUUGAAUGUGUCUGCGGUGGACAAAAGCACAGGGAAGGAGAACAAGAUCACCAUCACCAACGACAAAGGUCGUCUGAGCAAAGACGAGAUCGAGAAGAUGGUGGACGAUGCCCAAAAGUACAAAGCUGAAGACGAAUUGCAGCGGGAAAGGAUCGCUGCCAAGAAUGCUCUGGAAUCCUACGCCUUUAAUGUGAAGAGCAGCGUGCACGACGAGAAGCUGGCGGCCAAGUUGAGCGUGGAGGACAAGAAGACUCUGACGGACAAGUGUGAGGAGACCCUCAGCUGGCUGGAGAACAACCAGUUGGCAGACAAAGAGGAGUUCCAACACAAGCAAAAGGAACUGGAACGAGUGUGUCAGCCAAUCAUCAGCAAGUUGUAUCAGGGGGCUGGGCCUGCGGGAACUUGUGGGGGGCAGGCCCGGGCUGGCGCCCAACCAGGUGCCCAGGGAUCCACUGUUGAAGAGGUGGACUGA